UAGUUACGGCACCUGUAGCGGGGAGGAGGUGAGUGCUGGGCCUCUGAGGACGGCUCCAUCUGGCGCUGUCUGAACUCCACAGAUACUGGCUGCAGUUCAGUCAGGAACCUGGGGAGUAAGUUACCCGGGAGGGAGCGGUCACUUUCUGUGCAGGCGAGCGACAGCUGUUGGAGGCGGAGCCGGUGUGUGGCUGGUCACAGCGGGAUGGAGAUGUAGGAAAGCAGGAAACGGGGCCUCACUUUCUGACCAUUGGGAUAUGGUCGGAGGAGAGGAGCUGUCCGUCCAUCCUUCUUUCCUAUCGCCAAACUAUGUCUGGAAUUUGUAUUAAAAAAUAACCUGGUUUGCCCCGGGAAGGUGGAAUGGACGGAGGAGCCCGUGAAUAGUCGGAGCGAAUGCUUUCCCUCCCCCAGUGGAACCUCUAGAAGCGAGGCCGCUGCUGCUGCUGGCAGCACUGAUGUGCCAACAAUCUGCAAAUUUCAGCAACUGAAAGGAUGCCAGGACUUUCAAUUCCUUUUCACUGUCACUUGUGAAGUUUCAGUGACUGUUAGAAGAUAAGUCUGGCAGAGGCAUGGAGCAAGCACAUGGCCCACUGUUAAAUGAGGAGCUUUAUAGUCAACUGAGUGAAUCAAAGAAACCAGAGUUUGUUUUCGAAUGGCUUCGAUUCUUACAGAAACUUUUGGUGGCUGCCAAUAAGGAUGAUAUUAAAGAGAAGCAGAAGAAAAUUGUGGAACAGCUGACAGCCUUAUUAGAGAGCUCACCAGGCCCGCCUGUCCGCAAGCUAAUUGCUGAGAAUCUGGCCUUACUAUAUAAAGUUGGUGACACUUUCUCCGUGUAUCAAACUAUCGACAAGUGCAAUGAAAUCAUCAGAAGUAAGGAUGACUCACCAAGUUAUCUACCUACCAAACUCGCUGCAGUUUCUUGUUUGGGGUCUUUGUAUGAGAAGCUGGGAAGAAUGCUGGGGAAUACAUACCUGGAUACUGUAGGGAACUUAUUGAAAGCUAUGAAAAGUGCUGAGUCCCAAGGCCGAUAUGAGAUUAUGCUGAGUUUGCAGAAGGUUCUUUCUGGGCAAGGAGUUACUGCUGCAUCAUGCCACAGAGAUAUCUACAAAGCUGCUCGCUCGUGUUUAACUGAUCGAUCAAUGGCUGUUCGCUGUGCUGCAGCAAAGUGUCUUUUGGAACUUCAAAAUGAAGCUGUGUUCAUGUGGACCACAGAAUUAGAGAAUGUUACUACACUUUGCUUUAAAGCCUUCGAAGGUUCUAAUUAUGAUGUACGUGUGUCCGUUUCAAAAUUGCUGGGCGCUAUCCUGGCUACAGCUGUGGUGACUAAGCAAGGUUCAGGUGCAAGGCAGGUUGUUCGUAAAACCUCGCUGGAAGAAGCAAUGGAGUUGCUGGCUUCUGGGUUCUUGCGAGGAGGCAGUGGUUUGCUGCGAGUCAGUGGAGAGAUGCUGAAGGGAGGCAGCUCUGUGAACCGGGAUAUUAGGAUUGGAGUAACUCAGGCUUAUGUUGCUUUUGUUUCCACACUGGGUGGUCAGUGGUUGGAAUUGAAUUUUGCUGCCCUACUUACACACAUUUUGGAGUUGGUGUCCCACCCAAAAGCUACUCAGACUCAAAUCGAUGCCAUAUGUUGUCGCCGUUGUGUUUCAUUUAUCCUUCGAGCUACAGUAGGAAGUCUGCGCGGAGAGAAAGCUCAGAUUGCAGCAGCUAAAGAGAUCUGUCAGGCUGUGGGUAAACAGAAGAAGGCUGUAGAUGCUGCAUUGAGUGACAGUAAUAUGGAGACGAAGGUGGGUACAAUGGAUGUGUCUGCCAGCCAACAUGUGCUUGUCUGUGCCCUCCAAGAGUUGGGCAGUCUAGUGCAAGGCCUUGGUUCUACUGCUGCCCCACUGCUUCAAGAUUCCACCAUAGGUGUGCUGGAGAAAGUCAUUUCAGUGCUGCUCCAUCCCAGUGUUUCAGCUAGAUUAGCUGCAGCUUGGUGUUUGCGUUGUUUUGCAGUAGCCUUGCCAUCUCAGGUUUCUCCUCUUCUGGAUCGUUGCACUGAACGUCUGAGCGCUCUCAGAUCUUCCCCUGAAGCAGUAACUGGUUACAGUUUUGCAAUUGCAGCACUAUUAGGAGCAUUGCAGCAUUGUCCACUGGGUAUCCCUCAUGGGAAAGGAAAGUUGAUUAUGACCCAAGCAGAGGAUUUUCUACGUACAGCGAUCCAAACUAGUCGCCUUUCAAUACAGCGCACUCAAGCAGGUUGGCUUCUGUUUUCUGCACUUAUGACACUAGGGCCAGCAGUCAUUCACCACCAUCUUCCAAGAAUUCUCUUGCUUUGGAAAAGUGUAUUCCCACAAUCUUCAAAGGACUUGGAAACGGAGAAGAGUCGUGGGGACUGCUUCACGUGGCAGGUGACGCUGGAAGAACGUGCAGGAGCUCUCUGCGCAAUGAAAAGCUUUGUGUUGCAUUGCGGAGAUUUGUUGACUGAUGAUGUAAUUGAGAGACUCCUUCCACUCCUUACUUUCGCUGUGGCUUUAUCAACAAAACUGCCUGCACUUAACAAAUCCUAUGGAGCUCCUUUGAAGAGUGCUUCAGUGGUGUUUAGGCAACGGUUGUAUGAGAUUCUGGCUCUGCUGCCACCCAAGACCUAUGAAGGGAUUUUUAAUUCUGUUCUGAAAGAGUUGAUUGCUGAAUUGACUCUGGCUGAUAAUCAGUUGUUUGCUGCUACCUUCUUGCUUCCAUCCCUCUGUCAUCAGGAUGAUGCUUUGCUACUUGGCGCCUGGUUACAGGAAACUGAUCACCGAUUUAUUGAGGAGCAGUUAAAGCUGGGUGGUAUCUUGGGAGGUGGAAGCCUUGAACAUGAUUCCUUUACCAUCUAUGAGAGAUUAGCGGAUGGGGAACUUGUACCCACACCUCUUCCUCCAGUACUGUCUAUGAUCCGAGCAGCAGUUGACCUUUUUGGAGUGAUAUUCCCUUGUGUGGAUGUUAAGCACAGAGCACAGAUAUUGGAUCAAUUUACAGAGUCCAUAAAGCAAACUAAAGGAUCAAAGCAGCAAACUGUACAGCUAAAUGUUUUUGCUGCAUUCUGCUCUGGAUUGAAGAGAUUAGCUUGCAAGAAAGGUAGUUUAGGCCCAGAAGAGGUGAGAAGACCUGCUCUGGCACUGGUAAUGCAUUCCUUGGAAAGUGCAAAUCUCCUGUUAAGAUGUGCUGCAGCAGAAACCUUGGCCAGACUGGCGCAGGUUGUAGCGGAUAGUGCCUUCACUGCCAGGCUAGCACAGACUAGCUUUGAAAAGUUAAAGUCUGCCAGGGAUGUGAUUUCACGCACAGGACACUCCAUGGCCUUAGGCUCCCUUUACAGGUACCUGGGAGGAAUAGUUUCAAGUCAACACUUGAAUGCUUGUGUCAGUAUAUUUUAUACGUUGUCUCAAGACAGCACAUCUCCCGAAGUCCAGACCUGGGCGCUGCACUCCUUGUCAUUGUUAAUAGAUUCCAGUGGUCCAAUGUAUCAUGCCCAUGUGGAAACGAGCCUGUCUCUAGUCUUGCUGCUGCUGUUGACUGUGCCUACUACUCAUGCCGAAGUUCAUCAAAGUUUGGGUCGUUGUUUGAAUGUGCUUAUUACCACAUUGGGUCCAGAAUUGCAAGGCAACAGCACAUCUGUCGCCCUGUUAAGAACUUCCUGCCUCGUUGGCUGUGCAGUGAUGCAGGAUAACCCUGAUUGUCUUGUGCAGGCACAAGCCAUCUCCUGCCUCCAGCAGUUACAUAUGUUUGCACCACGUCAUGUGAACCUUUCCAAUCUUGUCCCCUGUCUAUGUGAGAUCUUAUUGGAUAAUUCUGUUUGGGUAAACCUCUGUAGUUCACACCUGUUGUUGAGACGUGCUGUGAUUGCAUGCCUAUGUCAACUUGCGCAGAGGGAAGCUGAUGAGGUGUUGGAACAUGCCAUGGCACUUGCCACGGAAUCCAGUCAGCUUGAUGUUAAUAUUCGUGAAACUGGCCUGGAAGGAGCACUUUUCAGUUUACUGGACAGAGAAUCAGACCAACGACUUUGUCAAGACAUUCGCGAAACUCUAAGCCAUAUCCUAUCAUCCAUGGCUAUUGAAAAGCUUUCUUACUGGUUGAAGUUAUGCAAUGAUGUUUUAUCUGCUUCAGCUGAUUUCACCACCACAGCACCAGUGGACACUACUCAGGAAGAGGAAGAUGAUGGAGGAGAUGAUGAUUCAAUAUUUACCUCAAGAAAAGAUGACCAAUUCCAACCAAUCAUCAAACCACGCUGGCCUACAAGAGUAUUUGCAGCAGAAUGUGUAUGUCGAAUUAUUACACAGUGCGAGAACGUAGAUGCUGCUCAUUUUGACAUGACCAAGGCUCGAGAAAGGAAACUGAAGCACCCUAAAAGUGACUUCUUAGUGAUCCAUCUGGCAGAUUUGAUCCGCAUGGCUUUCAUAGCUGCCACAGAUCACAGUAACGCUCUGCGGCUGUCAGGCCUUGAAACACUUCUUGUCAUCAUCAGGAAAUUUUCUACUGUCCCCGAGCCAGAGUUUCCUGGUCAUGUAAUCCUUGAACAAUACCAAGCAAAUGUUGGAGCAGCGCUGAGGCCUGCAUUCUCCCCUGACACCCCACCUGAUGUUACUGCUAAGGCAUGUCAAGUUUGCAGUGCCUGGAUUGGAAGUGGUGUUGUAAGUGACCUAAACGAUCUUCGAAGAAUUCAUCAGUUGCUAGCAACAUCCUUGAGCAAAGUACAAGCUGGGAAGGAAGCACAAAAUCAACUGUACAAUGAGAGUACCUCAACAAUGGAGACUCUAGCUGUUCUGAAAGCAUGGGCUGAAGUUUACGUAGUAACUAUUGAAAGGCAAAAAGUGUGUGCACCAAAACAGAAGCAGUUCUUGCAGUUUAAGACCUCCACUGCUGAUGGCUCUAAGGAUGCAAUUACUACUGCAGAAGGUCUUCUCAAUUUGGUCCAAUCAGAAUUGGGAACACUGAGUAAACUCUGGCUGGCUGCACUUCAGGACCAUGCCCUUCUCACCUUGCCUCCAGAAUAUGCUGAUCAGUUUCCAGCAGAAGGUGGUGCAUUCUAUACAUCGGAGACCAUAGAGGGUGCAAGGCCACAUUAUAGUAACUCUUGGGCUCCUAUUCUUCAUGCCACAGCAUUGUGGCUGAACAGUACAGGUUUCAUAGUAAUUGACCCGGAUGAAGGCUCUUCUCGUCUGUCCAGACCUGUAACCCCAACAAUGCUGGGCCAUGAAUCCACUUUGGCAAAUGUAGCUAAGUCACCAGAGGAUGUCAACGCUGAUAGAUUUCAUCUCAUUCUAGGAAUCAGCGUGGAGUUUCUGUGUUCGCCACGACCAGAUGCACCAAUGGAAAGCAUCGUAGCCUGUUUACAUGCUCUGCAGUCACUGCUGGAUGUUGUUUGGCCACGUUGUAAAAUAGGAAGCAAUCAGGAGCUUGGAGUGGAAUUGCUGAAUGUGCUGCAUCGAUUGAUACUGACACGCGAGUCUCCAUCCAUCCAACUGGCUGUAAUUGAAGUUGUCGAACAGAUUAUACGUGCAGCCCAGGAACAUGUAAAAGAAAAACGGAGAAGUGCAGAAGUUGAUGAUGGUGCUGCUGAAAAAGAGACACUGCCAGAAUUUGGAGAGGGUAAUGACACAGGUGGACUGGUACCAGGAAAAUCCCUUGUCUUUGCAACAUUGGAGUUGUGUCUCUCUAUCCUUGUUCGUCAACUUCCACAAUUAAACCCUAAGCUUGUGGGUGCUCCUAUUAGCCAAGGAAAGCCUCAGCUGUUGUCCGAGGAUGGAAUUAAAUUAGUAGCAGCUGCCCUGGGAAUUCUCUCUGAACUCACUUCAGUGUGCUCUCCUACAGGGAGCAUUUCCAUUCUUCCUACUGUGCUUUACCUUAUCACAGGAGUCCUUAAAGAAACUGCAGUAAAGAAGCUUGAUGGUUGUAUAUCUUUAACAGUUGGUGCAGCACUGCAGGCAUUGAAGGCAGUUGUCUCCUCUCCCAUGGCUCGAGCUGAGAAAAGCCAUGCUGCAUGGACCAGGCUUCUCCGCAGUGCUCUUGCAACAAUUUUGGAAUUUUGGAAUCCAGAGAUGACUGAGUCAGAACUGGAUGAAGUGAGCAUGCUAACUACCAUUAGUAUUUUCCUGGUGUCAGCAAGUCCAGAAGUCACAUGUGUACAGUGCCUUGAAAAAAAAUGCAUCAACAGGUUUAAAAUAAUUCUUAGUUCUAAAAAUCCAGUGAUACAAAUGCAUUGCUACAAAUUGCUGCAGUCAGUAUUCCAGCAUCCUAAUAGGGCCGUAUCCACACCCUAUAUCCACUCCCUGACUCUUUUAAUUGUGGAAAGGUUACGAGAAGUAGAAAAAGAGAAACCAAGCACAUCUGCAGAGUUACAGGCUGUGCAAGAAGGGAUGAAGACUUUAGAGGCUUUGGUUAGCAUGGCUGAUGAACAAAACCGAGUCUAUUUGGUAGUUUUGCUUCUACCAAUCCUGAUAUCUUUCCUUUUGGAUGAAAAUGCUUUACCAUCUGCAGCAAAUCCAGCCAAGAGUUUACAUGAGUUUGCCCUUCAGAACCUGAUGCGAAUAGGCCCUCAGUAUCCAUCCAUUUUUCAAAAGUUAAUAGGUACUUCACCAGCUAUGAAAGCAAGGCUUGAAGGUGCUGUUAAAGGUAACCAGGAGAGCGUCAAAGCAAAAACAGCAGCUGGACCGUCUAAGUGUCUUGGAAAAACAUCUCCCAGCAUUCAACUCAAGACUAAUUUUUCUCAUUUCUAAGAGCUGCAAACCAGUUAUACCUAACUGCUUAUAACAAAAUGCCUACCAAGUGAAGGAAUUAAAAUUGAAGAGAAGUUGAGAAAGAAAUCUCAUAGUAUAAUUUACCCAGCCAAAAUAAUUAAUCUUGUUUCAGUUUAUGGCAGAAGGCUAAAAUUGUAGAACAGCUUGAGUAUAGGUUAACAUUAUAAAACUUGGUAAACAUGCCAAUUUUUAAAAAUUUAAUUUUAAAAAUCCAUGUAUACAAUUUUAAACAUUUUCUUUUACUAUUAUGAUUUUAAUUUCUAAUUCACUCAAUUGCAGUCUUAAAACAACUGUUGUGUAUUCAGUUAUUGCAAUAAUCCAAGGAUUUGGUAUGGCUUGUUAACCAGGACUUGAUGUCCAAGCAAACAAAUAUAGCUAGAGUUAUGUUAAAGGGAAUUUUAUGCAAACAUGUGUUUCAUUAAAAGGUUGCCCUCCUAUUGCCAGAAUUUGCAGAAAGCUUAAUAUAGCAGUGUUAUUAGUAUGAUUCACAACAUACAAAUUUCUAAUUAGUAAUUGCUAACUUCUUAAAUGGAUUCCAAAGCCAAUUGCACUACAACGCUAUUUUUUUUUUAAAUAAACAAGGUUAUUAAGUUACCCAAUACUAAAUCUGUUUUUAAUAUGUACUCUGAACUCUAUUUUAAAAAAAAUUAGCUUUAAUAAAUUCAUAACCAUAAAUUGUUUACUGAAUAUGGCUGUUGAUGACACAGUUGUAUUUAUGUCGGUAAUAAUGGUAUUACACACUGUGUUAUAUGUAUAAUAUUCUUCAUGCUACAAAAAUCUUUAUCCAGAAGGUCUAAUUCCAAAAAAUAUUCCUAGAGAAAAGCAGUCUGCUAGCUACCAACUGGCAAGUUCUUGUGCUUUGGCCCAACUAAAGCUCUGAAGUACUGUACUCAUAAUUGACUUACAUGCCAUGUACAUAACACAAUUGUAAAUUUUGCAGAAUAAUCAUGUGUAUUAUUAUUACAUCUUGCUUUUGUAAUUUUACUGAAAUAAAGCUAAUUUCUUCA